GCUGCUGCUGCUGUUGCUGCUGCUGUUGCUGUUGCUGCUGCUGCUGCUGCUCCAGUACACAGUACAGAUGUACAGAGGGGCUGUUCCCUCAGCAGAUCCCAGCUCCGUCAGUCCAGAGCAGCGCUCAGGAUGAUCACUGAGGACUAGGCGGCAACGCAACGACGCUUUUCACAGUGAUGGCCUCAGCUGUGCAGCCGUGCUGGUGAUCCCGCCACUGCACGAAGGGAAGACGCAGAGACGCCGUGACAAGCGACCUACUUUCCUCUCUCUCCGAAAAGAGGGAAUCAAAUACACACCAGCAUAAACAAAUGCCACCAUGUACAGCGUGGAGGACCUCCUCAUCUCUCAUGGAUACAAGCUGCCUAAGCAUAGCACCUCCUCACCCACACCUACCCCAGCUCCAGCAUCCUCAUCGCCACCGCCAUCCUACAACAAACACAAUGAAAUCCUGGAGAACAGACCCACCUCCAGGACAGUGAAUGGCUACGAAAGAGGAUCUGGGGCAACCUAUGGGAACGGCGGCAGUAGCAGGCAGCCGCAGCCGUUCAGCAGUGGCUGCACCAACAACAAUAACGAACCCAGGGACAGGAGCCAGCCCAGACGCGAGGGUGAGAGCCGCAGCCAUGUUGACACCCACUCCCUGGGAGAGUCGCUCACCUCAGACAGUGGGUUCUGUGAUGCUACCAGGGGUCCACAGUCACAGACAAAGGACUUGUCCUACUGGAGGAGAAGAGGCCAGGAUUUCACUGUGCUUCUGGAUUAUGCUGACCACGGAGGACACAGGGGUUACGUCAGGUCAGAGGGGCCUCAGCAAGCCAGAGGCCAAGAGAUGUCUGCAGACGAGCGUCAGAGGGCAGCUCAGGAGAGGCAGUGCUGGGCGGCCCAGGUCCAGGCUCAGGCCCAGGCCCAGGUCCACACACAGGCCCAGGCUCAGGCUCGCUCUCGAGAAAGAGAGGCUGCUCUUCAUCAAUGGAAAAUGGCAAGUGAGAGGAAAUGCCAGAGCCUGGGAACAGACGAGUGGCAUCCAGCUGUGAACUUUGGCCGCCAGCUUUCACAGAGUGAUGGCGAGUGGUGGGCUCAGGAGCAGCAGCGCAUUCAUGCCAGGACACCUGAGGGCAUGAUAGUCCACCCAAGAGCCAAAGCCAAAUCACAGUCCCUGCCCAGGAUGUUGCAGCCUGAGAGCCUACAAUAUGUGGACAGAGCCUCAUCCGGUCAGGAAUUGUAUAGGCGGGUUAAUGGCCACCCACUGUCACACCAUGACCUUUACAGGGCCACCCGCUGGCCCGAGAACGGCAGGCCAGCUAGUGCCAACCAACUGUCAAUGACACCAAAGCCCCGCUUCACCCGACCUCCACGACCUCCCUCCUACGAGUUGCACCAGCAGAUCAGGGGAAGCUACGAGAUGUUGUCUGCUACUCUUCCACAAGCUCGAGACAGAACACCACUUCCCAUAUCAAGAACAAGUGACCCCCAACUGGACUAUUUUGCACAGGACUCUGGACCCCCAGGAUACAUCCCUCCCCCAUCAUACAAAAGAGCCCCUAUAAUGGCAGCGGGACGUCGAGGAUAUGGCGAAAUUGCUGUUGACUACAGAUACCGAGGGGAUGUGUACCAGCAGAUACAAGUGGCUCCAGAUGGAUCUCACUGGUUCACCAGACAUCCAGCUGCUUCCUGGCCUGAUCCUGGCCUGAGAGAGAGGAGCUUGUCCAGCCAGAAACAGCUUUACCCUGUGUAUACUACCAAGGAGCACAUAGGUGGAGGGGUCCAGUAUAUCUCAUUUGAUGACCCACGUAUCCGGCACAUUUCCUCAGCCCUGGGGGGCAACUCCCUGACAGACGCUGACAAGAUCCGCCACAUUCGCAAUGAGCUUCCCAGUGUCACCGUGUCUGAACCUGUGUCCGACGACAGUGCCUUUUUGCCCCCACCGUUGGGGCCUUUCAUCGCUGCCAAACUGGCCGAUGAUGCCAACCAGAUGUCUUGUAGCAACCUUGACAAUGACAAUAACAGGUGGCACAGAGAUUUGCACAAAGAAACUGUCGAUAACUUCCCAGCAACUGACCAAAAUUACAAUAAUAGAUAUCCCAAAAACCACCGGCCUCCUUCAUCGCCCUCCUCAACCUUCCAUUCUCCAUUAACAAGAAGUUGUUCCCGCCAGGGGCCCAACUCUGACCAAGUCUUUGCAGAAACGAUCACCCAAGUCAAGAAAAUUGCCCCAGAUUCGGGGCCUGAGAACAACAGGAACACAAAGAGGAGAGUGAGUGAGACCAUCUUCUGCCUUGUGUCCGUCCCUGUUCACACACCCGUUAACAUCAGCAAAGACUUAUCAGCAGAUCAGAACAACAAUGAGACCAUACCAAGCCUGACUGUCACCAACACAGAAACCUUUGCUGUAGGCCUCAAAGAGGCUCAAAGCAUUCGAAGCAAGUCUGUGAAUGAGAUGCCCAUCAAACCCCACUACUCUCAUUGCCACACCAGCAGCAUAUCCUCAAUGAGGAAUUACAAGAGGGCUCCAUUAAUGAAGGAGAUAAUAGAUGCUUGGGCACUCCAAGCCAGUGAAGACAAAGAGCUGUGCUAUGCCGGUUCCUGGCCUGGAAACCAGUACCGAAAUCAGGAAACACAGACUGGCUCACCUCUGACAGUGGUAAAAAGUCCAGAACCCCAGAGUCCCCCUGGGGGACCGGAGCCAAUCCAGUCCGUCUCAGACACAACCGCUGACAUUGGUGUGGGGACAGACAAUACUUCCUCCUGUGGUUACUCCAUGACAGGCCAGCGAAAUCUUCAUCUCUCCAGCAACAGCGCCUUCUCUCGUCUUAGUCUCAGUCCAGUACAGCCACCAUCAAUGCAGCCGCAACAGCAACCAUUACAGCAAGACCCACCCACCUCUCCAUCUAAGGCCCAGGAACAGGCAAACCAGCAGCCAUCCUCUCCCAGGAAGACCGACUCCUGUCCCCCAGAGUGUGCAGAACAAGUGGCCUUUGGACAGUUUCUCUUAAAGCCUGUGAACCGACGACCAUGUGAUCUCAUUGGGGAACUGGAGAGCAUUAAUAAGAAAAUGGAAGACACAAUCAGCAAGAGACCCCAUAUGGGUCAGGCCACCGAUUAUCUGGACGGGAUGAAUAAUAGAAUAGACCCAUUUAAAUCAGAAGCACAUUUCAUUGCUGGUCCAGAACCAGGCAGGGAAGCACUCAGUCUUCCACCAAUGCACACAGAAAAACCCACCAGUAUAAAGGUCAGAUCAAAGUCUUUUCAUUCUACCAGUGAUCUUGACUCCAUGGAUGUGAGGGGAACAUUCUCCAGGCCUGAGGCCAACAAUAUGUCCCCAACAAAUGAGCAAACGGUGCUACCCAGUGCAGGCCUUAUAGACAAUUGCCUCUUGUCCUCACUGUCCCUACAAAAUGACCAGCUCUAUAGACAGGAUAUCCCAGUCCCUGAAGAGUCCAUGCUGAGAGAUGUGGGGCUAACUGUAUACACAGAGACUCCCGGUGGUCCUGGAGAGCCAGUGCAGCGAUCGCUUUCAGUCCCAUCACCACUCAGUCAUAAGGAAACACAUCAGUCAGUGCAGCGGCAGAGUGAAACAGCGCCACUUAAAAACGGUGGUAGUCCUGAGCGCAAAUCAGAUAAAGAACUUCAAGCUGAGAUGGAUUCAGAGAGACAACCUAAAUUAGACAAUGCUCCACCAGUCAGGGGGGAGGCACAUUUAAGCAGAGCCAGUAGUGAAAGUAGAUCAUCACCCAAGAAAGAAGGUUCACCACAUAUCACACGGCUAAUCAGGGAGGCUUCCUUCCUGUUGGAGGAGGAGGAUGAUAACGAGACAUAUGCCAUCACAGAGGCUCUGACCUAUAAGAAUGAGUUAACGAUAGCAGAUGAGCACCUGGAGAACUUGCUGUUUAAAGAGAAAGCAAACACUUUACCUACAGAGGACUUGAGCAACCUAUAUGAGGUCAAAAGUGCAAAAGGUAUUCCUGAAAACGAGUCCAUCGAGCAGAGGGCAGCAAGGAUCCUGGGUAUAGCUGUUCCAGUGGAGGCUUUAGGUGUGGCCGACAACCAGGAUGAGACAAACACCACUGGUGGAAGAAAAGAACUGAAUCUAAAAGAAGAGACAAAGCAAGUGAUUGGAGAUUGGGCGCAUGUCAGAGAAGAGACAAUGAUUGUCCACCAGGAAGAGACAGAGGAGGUACAGGGGACAGGAUUAGGCGUUGACUAUGAGGAAGGUGACAGACAAAAGCACAGCAGCAAUCACAGUAAUGAUGACCACAGCCAGGGGGAUGAGUGUCAGGCAGCUUUAGUACUGGACCUGCCUGAGUUCCCACCCAGUAAGCUCCUCCUAUCCCUACCUGUCACUCCAGAUGAGAAGUUGGCACUGAGCAUGUGCAGCGGUGAGAAGAAGGCACGAGGCGGUGCGUGCAAACUAAUCGAAUCCCUCCAAGAUAAGCUUAACUCUUCUGCGUCUUCAUCUGCCACAUCCUUCAGCAGAUCGACCACAGACAGAAUGGCUCGUCUGAAAGAGCUCGACUCUGUGUCUCGAAUCAGACGCCUAAGUCUCAAAGGGUCCGAGUCUGGAGUAGAAGCUGAUUCUGUAGAGAAGGACGGAGACAGAGAGGAGAGGGACGUUCAAGAAGAGACAAAAGAGGAAGUGGAGAAGCAAGAAGGAGAGGCUAAGAAACUGGAGGUAGAAGGAACGGAGGAAGUCUAUGAUGAAAAUAGAAAUGCACAUGAAACACAGGAUGAGUCGGGAGAGACCAAAGACGUCUGUAAACCUAAAGAAGUGAAUAAAGUCAUAUGUAAGGAAGAGCAAACACAAGAGGAAGAGGUAGGGGAGAUAAAUGUUGAGAUUGCACUGAAAGUAGACAGCGAUGAGAGAACAGAAAUAGGUGUUGGAGGUGGACAAGAGGAGCUGAGAAUUGUGGAGGAAGACAACGAAAAGCCAGUGGGGAAAUUGAGAGAUGGACAGAAUGCAGAGGCGGACGGCAGAGAUCAAACUUUACUGGGCACAGAGAAAGUAGUUGUGCCCAAACCAAAGCAGCGCACCAGGCUCCAGAAGCCUCCUCUGCUUCCUAAACCACGCAGCGUUCCCAAGAGAGAAGUAACACCAUCCCAGCAUCCCAGCCUGGGCUCUGGGAUCAGUGGGCCCUCAAAUAUCCAGGAUGAGGAGAUGGUUUUUGUUUCAGACACCUACGACCCCAGUCGAGUGGAGAGAGUGUAACCUCACCGCUGUGGAAAUGUGUCUUUCUCGUGUUAACAGUGUUUUCCAGCAACAGAGGCUUUCAUCUCAUCUCAUGGUUCAGUCAGCCAUGACCCUUCCAAUAUUGUCACACAUUACUUCUCACAGACCUGACUGUCCUGGUGCUGCAAAAGAUUUGAUUUGAUUUUUAACAGCCAAACACAAAGCACUGCUGGAGCCAAUGUCUCCAGGCUUUUUCAACCCAGUCAAUCUCACUCUUCCUUUCUUUCCACCUCUCAAAAUGUUUAUUUGGUAAAGCGAAUGCACAUCCUCGUUCUCAGGCUUUUUCUUUUUUCUUUUUUGCUUUUGGAAAAAUGCAUGUCAUUAUUCCCAGUCAGCACAUGAGUGUGGGUGCUGAAUUAUGAAUGUAACAGUGCUUCUGCUCAGCAAACAAAAGAAAUGUAAUAGAGUAAUAAAAAAAAGGCAAUGAUAUUUGCAUUACAAUCAGUAUUUACCUACACCAAAUGUAAAUAACAAAGAGUUAUAACAUUUUAUGAAGAAUAUAAUAAAAUAUAUACGUUUAAGACACUUCAUUCCUGAAGAAAUUUAUAUUUUCUUAUCGAUGUUAAGAUGAGAGUAGAUUUUUGGAAGUGUGGUCUUUGGGUGUAUUACUAAUAAUAACUCGCCCUGCUCUUUAUUCUUAUACUUGUGUGAUAGAGAAUGUAUCUAGAGAGCCGGAAUUGCAAUGAGAAACACUGUGGUCCUUGAAUAGUUUCACUUUCACAAGAGCAAUAUCGAUGUUAUAUGCAGGCUUUUGUGUUAAGUCUCCAUUUCAAGAAGCUGAAUCUAUUUUAUUUUUUGCUUUGAAGCUUUAUCUUUUUGGUACAAUUGUUAGAUUUGUGCUGCUGAGCUUAUUGGCUUAAUGUCAACACUGAGCACCCCAUAAUCUCCUCAAACACUCAGAGAUUACACCGGGAGAGAUUCACCUUUGCUCCCUCCCUGUUCUCCAGAGCUCUCAGCAUCACGUAUCAUGUUCCUUGUCAAACAGGAGAAAAAUCUCUAUUUUCUAUUCUAUUAACUGGUGGAGUUUUUGUUCUUCAUGUCUUUGUUUCAGAAGUGCUGUUUGUGCAGCGAAUGCCAGCUGUAGCUACAGUGUAUGGAUGGACUUGUACUUUAAACUGGACAUUUAUCAUCCAUUUGACUUCAACAGACAACAAUAUGAAGUUGCAUUCGGGCAAUAAUAAAUCUUUAAAUGGAGGUGCUCAGUGUUGUUGCUGUACAGAACAUAGAUGUUGGAAUACUACACUAUUUGAACAUGUGCAGUGAUUUAAUGUUGACAUGUCUGUGUUUUGUAAGUUGUGGGAAUAACUGUUCAUUAGUUUACCUAUGAGGUCGCAUUAGCAAUACAAGAAUUCAAAAUCAUACCAAACCAAACUUUGUGCUAUGCAUUGGACAUCAACAUUCGCUGGGUUUGAUCCCAAAAUUCAAAGCUAAAACUGCAAACUCUGAUUUUGCUUGUUCAACUGACUUGUUCUUCACUUUGAUGCAGCUGCAGCUGAUGGAUGUGGCUGCAGAAUGAUGUGGGCGUGGCUCUGAUUUAGUCAGUGGAAGUUCUGUCUAAUGUGUAUUUGUCUUUGUUCUGUUACCAACCCAGUACCCGUACCUCAGUGUUACCUGAUCAUCCUUGUAGGUCUUUUUGCACUACAACGUCUUUGUAACAGUAGACAGACUAUUGGUGCACAUCUUGCUUUGAUAUUUUCUAUUUUCAUACAGAUGUAUGUACAGCUUCCUUUUUUUGUGUGUGCAUGAAAUGCGUGAGACGCAACAGAGGAGAAGUUGUAUUUGCAUAUAAUUGCAUUUGGUACUAUACAGUCUAUCCAAUAAACAAGUGUUAUAUUUCAUAUAAUGUAUAUUUUAUUUUUAAAGAUUAAGCUACAUAUUUAAACAGAACAAGGUAUUUUUAGAUUAUUGUGAAAAGGGAACUGUUUUGAAGGCACAAUAUUGGUCUAUAUUUGCUGGGAUCAUUACAAAUGGUCAUGAAUAGAGACAAGUUUGUGCUGUUGUUGCAGAAUAUUCAUAAAUAAAAGUCUAUGCAUGACA